CUCGGAGGAAAACAUUUAUACUUUAAGUUUUCAGUGAAAAAUCUUGAAUAUUUAUCUAUUUUAGAAUUAAGAAUUUUAUUUAAUCUCUUUAGAAUUUUUUGACAUCCGGUUAGUUAUGUGCGAUAAAUAAUUUCCGGUUAAUGUGCAAACAUUGAAUUUUUGCAGCAUCUAAUGGCAAGCACAAAUCUCAAAGCAUUACCAAACUGAACUGAACUGUGGUAUCUUUAUGAUGAUCCUGAUGCCGAAUUCUCAAAAUACCUGGCUACCGCCAAAAUAAUCGCCAAGUAGGAAAGUUGAAUGCGAAUUAUCUAAAAGUAGUAAUAUGUAUUGCGGAAUAAAAAAACACUGCAGUAUGUUUUGCAAAUAUUUGUAAAUGAAUUUAAUUUUGUACAUAUGGUGUAUCAUUUUUAAUUAGAUAUUAUAUGAAGAGUGAAAGGCCUACUUAUGAUGUAAAAUAGAGUGAUAUAUAUUUCUCUUUACAGAUUUGUACUUAAGAAAAUCCAUAACUGGGAAAUAUGUGCAGUAAAGACUUAAAUGAUCAACAAAGCUUACAGUCUCAACAACUGAUUGAUACUGAUGAAAAACUACAUGCUCCCAGCAUAAGCAGCAGAGCUUUUAGUCAGCUAAAGAUUUUAAACGAUCAUCUACAAACUCAUGCAAAGCCAUAUAAGUGUGACAUAUGUGCCAGAAUUUUUUCUCUGAAGAAAUAUUUAAAAAAGCAUUUAAUAAAACAUACUGAAACCUUACCAAAAGAGAAAACACAUAUCUGUGAGUUCUGUGGUAAAGCUUUUUUUCAGAAAGGAAAUUUAAUGAUGCAUUUGCAGACGCAUACGUUAGAGAAGCCAUACGUCUGUGAUUUUUGCAACAAGCCAUUUUCACGACAAGACAAUUUAAAUAGACAUUUUCGGACGCAUACAAAAGAGAAACCAUUCACCUGUGACAUGUGCAAUAAAUUAUUUUCUAAUCAAGGGAAUUUAAAGAAACAUUUAGUGAUUCAUACCUUGGAAAAACCAUAUGCCUGCGAUGUAUGCAGUAGAGCAUUUUCAUAUCAGGCUAGCUUACGGAGACAUUUAGUGACACAUACGAAAAAGAAAUUAUACUUGUGCAACCUGUGCGACAAAAAAUUUUCGGAUAGAAUUUAUUUAAAGAAACAUUUGCUGACGCAUGCAAAGGAGAAACUGUUUGCUUGUGACUUGUGCAAUAAAUCUUUCAGUCAACGGUCGUAUCUAAAGAGACAUUUGUCAACACAUACGAGACAGAAAUUGUAUGUUUGUGAUAUAUGCCGUGAAGUGUUUUCCGAGCACCAACUUUUAAAGAGACAUUUAGUGAUGCAUGCAAAUGGGAAGCCAGAUGAUGAUAUGCUCUAUAAAACAUUUCUAGACAGACGUAAUUUAAGGACUUACUCACGUAAAGAAAAACUUGUGCACGACAAAGCAUCUGCUGUUUCUCAAAAUUUUGAUUCAUUAACAGAUUCCUUGAAAGAAGGAACAAUACAAUAAUUUUACUUCUCUACUACAAUAUUAUAAAAACAAAUGUGUAAAUGGAUGAAAUUUACUAAGUGGUCUUAAUAUCCAAAUUAUUAAUUUAAUAAUAAAUUUUGGAUAAUGAUGACAAAAAAUCUGUCCAUCCAUGUACAUAAUUUUUUUUUAAAUUUAAAAUGCAUUAUUUCUUCUCUAAAAUUUUGAAAAUUGUAUUUUUUUAAAUAUUUAUUGUAUUGAUUUGGAGAGU